AUGAGGUCUCAGGUUCUCAGAUCUGCAAGAUCUUUUGUUUCUGCUGCUUCAAAGCAAGCGUCUCGAUCAUUUUCAGGAGGUCGAUCUGCAGCUGCAGCUGCAGCAGUUUCAUACCGAGGGAGAGUGACGUCACUAGCUUCGAUUGGUGCAUACGAAUCAGGAAAUGUAUAUGCGGGCUGGAUCUCUAGUGCUCUUGCCCUUCCAGCAGCAGCUUUCAUGCUUAAAGAACAAGAAGGAUAUGCUGCUGAGAUGGAGAGGACUUUUAUUGCCAUCAAGCCAGAUGGAGUGCAAAGAGGAUUGAUUUCAGAAAUUAUUGCUCGGUUUGAAAGAAAAGGUUUUAAGCUUGUGGCAAUCAAGAUUGUGAUCCCUUCAAAGGACUUUGCUGAGAAGCAUUACCAUGACCUCAAGGAAAGACCUUUCUUUAAUGGGCUGUGUGAUUUCCUUAGCUCUGGACCAGUCCUUGCCAUGGUCUGGGAAGGUGAAGGAGUGAUUAAGUAUGGCCGUAAGCUCAUUGGCGCAACAGAUCCACAGAAAUCAGAACCUGGGACCAUAAGAGGAGAUUUAGCUGUUGUGGUUGGAAGAAAUAUAAUUCACGGUAGUGAUGGUCCCGAGACUGCCAAGGACGAAAUCAACCUAUGGUUCAAACCAGAAGAGUUGGUUAAUUACACACACAAUGCUGAGAAGUGGAUCUAUGGUGUCAACUGA